GGGGACCGAGGAAGCGAUGCAGUGUGCUUCCUUUGUUUUUGCUAACGUAUCGUUCGGCAAAUUAGGGGAAUUCAGUCGCGUUGUUAGCUAGGGUGAAGACAGUAAUGGGAUUGAUCGCAAGGCAAAGUGAAAUCUGAUUUAGCCUACAUGGAUAGAAGGUAGGUGCAGUGUGUACCCCCGGCCACAGGGUGGGGCUAUGGAGCGACUGCGCCAGUUGCAGCUGCAGUGCCGGAGGCUCCUCCCCUCGGAGGCGGGGCGUGGAUGGUACACGCCCCCCGUGGCCUUUCCCCCUAAAACCCCGUCUGGACCGUCGGACAUUCCCGCGCACAAGUUUUCCGGGAAGAGGCGAACGGUCAUCGCCCGACACGGCCCCUACCACAGCGAGUACCACGCCAUCACCAAGGGUUACCAGGGCAACGGCAUCCGCACCACCAAGUAUACCCUCAUUAACUUCAUUCCCAUGAACCUGUUUGAACAGUUCCACAGAGUGGCGAACCUGUACUUCCUGUUCCUGGUGGUGCUGAACUGGGUUCCCGUGGUGGAGGCGUUUCAGAAGGAGAUCACCAUGAUCCCACUGCUCGUAGUCCUCACCGUCAUCGCCUUCAAAGACGCGCUGGAGGACUACCGCCGUUACCGCUACGACAAGAAGAUCAACCGCCUUGUUGCCAAGGUCUACAGUGGGAAGCACCAGAGGUACGUGGACCAGCGCUGGAAGGACGUGCGCGUGGGCGACUUUGUCCGUCUGUCCUGCAACGAGAUCAUCCCCGCAGACAUGGUCCUGCUCUACUCCUCUGAGCCCGAGGGCGUCUGCCACAUCGAGACGUCAAACCUGGACGGAGAGACCAACCUCAAACUGAGACAGGUUGUCCGAGGCCUGGCCGAGCAGGGCUCUGAAGUGACCCCAGAAAAGUUCACCAGCAGGAUCGAGUGUGAAGGCCCCAACAACGACCUCAACCGUUUCCGUGGUUUCAUGGAGCAUUCCAAUAAGGUGCGAGUGGGUUUGCACAAUGAGAAUCUGCUACUCCGGAGCUGUACCAUUCGGAACACAGAGACGGUGGUGGGAAUUGUAGUUUAUGCGGGCCACGAGACGAAGGCGAUGAAGAAUAAUGGCGGUCUGCGGUACAAGCGCAGCAAGCUGGAGCGCCGCCUCAACGUGGACGUGCUCUGGAGUGUCGUCCUGCUGUUCGUCAUGUGUCUGAGCUCUGCUAUAGGACACAGUCUGUGGCUGGGUGGUCUCAGGAACACCCCUCCCCCCCCCUUCAUGAUCCCUGAUGACACCUCCCCCGCCCUCGCCGGCUUCUACAUUUUCUGGACCAUGAUCAUCGUCCUGCAGGUUCUGAUCCCGAUCUCGCUCUACGUGUCCAUCGAGAUCGUGAAGCUGGGUCAGAUCUUCUUCAUCCAGAACGACGUGGAGCUGUACAGCGAGCCUCUGGAUGCCCCGGUGCAGUGCCGUGCUCUGAACAUCACAGAGGACCUGGGCCAGAUCCAGUACCUCUUCUCCGACAAGACCGGCACGCUCACCGAGAACAAGAUGGUGUUCCGCCGCUGUACCGUCGCGGGCGUCGAGUACCCGCACGAGGACAACGAACGGAGGCUGGAGCUCUACGGGGAGCAGGACUGGAGUGAGGGGGUUCUUCGCUCCGGGUCGCGCAAGUCGCGGUCAAGCAUGCGGUCCCUGAGCUGCCAGAGCUCCUCGGCAGACUCGCACUGCGACCCCGAGGCCAGCAGCCAGGGGGAGCCCCAGGCCUCGCCCCUCCCCCGACACGCAGCCUUCAGCAGCAAGAUGGAAAAGGAGGUGCUCCCGGACCCUCUGCUCUUACAGAAGCUGAACUGUCUCUCCUCCCCGGAGCUUCCCCUGCUGGAUGGAUGGGGUAGUGCAUCGCUGGAGAUCACCUACAUUGUGGACUUCUUCCUGGCGCUAGCUGUGUGCAACACUGUGGUAGUGUCUGUACCACACCAAUCACAACAUGCGGUGCAGGUGCCGGACAUCGCACGCAGCCCGCUGAAAUCUCUGGAGGACGUGAAGCUGUUCUUCCAGCGCUUCGCCGUCCCGCGAUUCUCCUCCUUUUCCCCGCAAGCCGCCGCUAACGCCCCAUAUCCAGGAGCCGAGAGCCCCGGCCGAUUCGCCCAGAGGCUGUUCGGCCGGACGCAGGCUCCACCCCCUACCAUAGUGUCUGGUGCUGCAGAGGAGGAGCUACGGGUGGGGGAGGGCGGGGCUGAACUGACAGGGGGUGGGGCUGGGAUGGUGGGGGGUGGAGCUGAACUGACAGGAGGCGGGGCUGAGAUGUUAGGAGGCGGGGCUGAGAUGUUAGGAGGCGGGGCUGAGAUGUUAGGAGGCGGGGCUGAGUUUGCAGUGGGCAUGGCUGACUGUGUGGCGGGCGGGGCGUGCCCAGACGAGGGGCCGGUCUACGAGGCGGAGAGCCCUGACGAGGCGGCGCUGGUCCACGCCGCUCGAGCGUACGGCUGUGUGCUCCGCUCUCGAACCUCCAGCCAGCUGGUCACCGAGCUCCCCGGCCUGGGCCGCCUGUCCAUCCCCCUCCUGCACGUCCUGCCCUUCGACUCCACCAGGAAGAGGAUGUCCGUGGUGGUCCGACACCCCCUCUCCGGCCGUGUGGUGGUCUACUCCAAAGGGGCCGAUUCCGCCAUCAUGGAGCUGGUCGCUUCUCCUAAAGGUGACCCCCAGCCCCCCGGCGGGUGCGAGGACAUCGGACGGGAGACACAGAGGCACCUGGACGCCUACGCCAGGGAGGGACUGCGCACGCUGUGCGUUGCUAAAAGGGUCUUGGAGGAGGAGGAGUACGAGACAUGGCUGAAGCAUCACGUUUUCGCGGAGACCAGCAUUGAGAACAGGGAGGAGCUACUGAUGGAGUCUGCCCAGAGACUGGAGACUGGCCUGUCGCUAUUGGGGGCGACGGGCAUCGUGGACCGGCUGCAGGAAGAAGUGCCGGAGACCAUAGAAGCUCUGCGGCAGGCUGGGAUUCGCGUAUGGAUCCUGACGGGCGAUAAGCAGGAAACAGCAGUCAACAUCGCCUGUGCCUGUCGCCUGCUGCGACCCUCUGACCACCUGCUCACCGCCAACUGCGGCAGCAAGGAGGAGUGUGAGGCUCUGCUGGCGGACCUGCGGGCGGUGAUUGAGGCCAGCAGGGGUUCUGAGCCGGGCGAGGGCGUGGCACAGGGGGUCGGGGACCCCGGCUUCACCCUGGUUCUGGACGGGCGGACGCUGGACUGGGCUCUGCAGGAGGAGCUUCAGGACCCGUUUCUGGAGCUGACCCGUCAGUGCCGGGCCGUCAUCUGCUGCCGAUCCACGCCCCUGCAGAAGAGCCAGGUGGUCACGCUCGUCCGGGACCGGCUGGGGGUCACCACCCUGGCUAUAGGUGACGGAGCCAAUGACGUGAGCAUGAUCCAGGUAGCAGAUGUGGGCAUUGGCAUCUCCGGCCAGGAGGGCAUGCAGGCUGUGAUGUCCAGUGACUAUGCCGUGUCCAGAUUUAAGCACCUUCGCAGGCUGCUGCUGGUCCACGGGCACUGGUGCUACACCCGCCUGGCCAAAAUGAUCCUCUACUUCUUCUACAAGAAUGUGGCCUAUGUGAACCUCCUGUUCUGGUACCAGUUCUACUGUGGCUUCUCGGGCGCGACCAUGACCAACUACUGGGUCCUAAUCUUCUUCAACCUGCUGUUCACCUCGGCCCCGCCCCUCCUGUAUGGCGUCAUGGAUAAAGACGUUUCCGCCGACACCCUCCUGCAGCUGCCUGAGCUCUACAGGGCGGGGCAGAACUCUCAGGCCUACCUCCCCUCUACCUUCUGGAUCACCAUGCUGGAUGCCACAUACCAGAGCCUCAUCUGUUUCUUUGUCCCAUAUCUGGCAUAUGCUGGCUCGGACAUCAGUGUGUUCUCCUUCGGAACGCCUAUCAACACCUCCGCCCUCUUCAUCAUCCUGCUGCACCAAGUCAUCGAGAGCCACACCCUGACAUGGCUGCACGGAGCGGUGCUGGUUGGCAGUGCCCUGUUCUACUUCCUCUUCACCCUGGUGUUCAGCGCUACCUGUGUCACCUGCAACUCUCCCGCCAACCCGCUGGGCAUCGACACACGACACAUGUCAGACCCACUCUUCUACUGCGUGUGUGUGCUGACCACACUGCUGGCGCUGCUGCCCAGGAUCCUGUAUCACUCCGUGUGGAAUACCCUGUACCCAUCUGAUAUCAUGAAGGCUUCCCGGUUGGAAAAGCUGAGUCCUGAGGAACGUCGCGCCGGGUUCCAGAGUUGGAGGGGGGAUCUUCCUAACCCUGCCCCCCUCCUCACCACCCCCAUUCCUGACUCCGCCCACACCGCCUCCCACUUCACAGAGUGCCAGGCCGACACACACGCAGUGCUGUCCUGAGGUGGGGGCCAGGAUCAAUCAGGAAGGGCCUGAGGGUGAAUGGACCAAUCAACAAGCACCUGAGCAUGUAUGAACAAAUAAAGACAUGAGCGUGCAUGGUCCUAUCAAGAAGGACCUGAGGGUGUAUGAGCCAAUCAACAAGGGCCUGAGCAUGGCUGGACCAAUCAACAGGGGCCUAAGUGUGGUUGAGCUUCCCUGGCCCAAUGAAGAUUAUUCUUCAGCAUGUUUAUGCACACCUGUGCAAUUAACAAGGAUUUUGUUUUGCACGGACCAGUGAACAAAGACCUGUCUACACCAAUGAACAAAGACUUAUGCACAUCUAGACCAAUGAACAAAAAGCCCUGGGCAAGUCUAGACCAAUGAAAAAAGACCUGUGCGUGCCUAGACCAAUGAAAACAGACCUGUGUGCCUAAGCCAAUGAACAAGGACCUGUGCACAUCUGGAUCAAUGAAAAAAGCCCUGGGCAAGUCUAGAACAAAGAACAAGGUCCUGUGUGUGUCUAGACCAGGAAUGGGCCAGGAGGGCUGUAUCUGUUUCUGGAUUUCAGACCAACUUCUGCUCUUAAUGAUUUAAUGAGCCCAAUUAAUUAUUUAAUCGGGGGGGGGGGGGUUAGGGUUCUGUACGUCUGCAGGCAGGUGGGGGGCUAGAGCCUGCCAUGUUUAACCCCCCCUUCACUGUCAGACUUCAUCCUCAUGCUGGGCAAAUCACUCAAGAAACCGAACAUGACGAGGCAGAUGUUACACUGUGUGUGUGUGUGUGUGUGUGUGAGAGAGAGACUUUUUACUCAAGUUUUCAAUCCAUGCUGUCAUUACAUUUUUCUAUUUUUGUUUUUGAUAUUAUCAGACUAACAUUACAUUAUCAAGUUAUGUGAUGGUCUGGUUCAGUAGCAGAUCGCGUCCUUUGGCUUUGUUUAUCCUCAUUCAGAUCAUGUCAUGGGUCAAUCACCAUCCAAACACACUCUGCACUCCAAAUUCCAAUAUUUACGCAAUAUUGCUGUCUUCAUCAACCCUCUAAGGUGCACGAUGUAAAAUCAGUACUGGUGCUGACUGAAAGCAGCUCUAGAACACAGACUUGGAGUGUUAAAAUAAAUACCUACUCUUCCAAGAGUUAAAUACAAAUUUUUAACCAUGCUGGUUAUUAAUAUCCAUCACAGCUGUAUGUUUGUUUAUGAUAGAGGUGUUUUUUUUCACAUGUUGAAUUUAAUGCACUCGAUAUAAAACUAGUCACUGCUGCACAGUGAUGGCUGGAGGAAGCUCAUGAUUUAAGUGGAAGGAAGAAAUGUUUUAGUUUACAUUAGAAUGAUAAAGUGAGACAGGGCAGUUUACUGAAUGUGUUUACACAGGGUUACCUAAUUUUGAUAUCUUCCUGCAGAAUGCAAUUUUAUAUGACCAUGAUGCCAUUUAUGAGAUAGUUUUCUAAUGCCUUAAAAACCAUGUUAUGGUACAGACGCAUCACAAAUCUGGCUGGUCCACAUUUUAGACAACUCAUCUGCAGUAUUCUCUUAUUUGUUAGAGGAAAUAUUCUGAAAAUAUGAUGUGGAAACACUUGAUUAGGUGGCUUUUAUUUUUAUUUGAAAAGCCUAUUAGCACUCGACAGAAACGUGAAGCACUUGAAGUUGUGAGUUCUGUAAAACAGGUUGUGACGUGUGUGAGCCAUAAUUUAAAUGGUGCCUUAUGGGCUUUGAACCCAUCUCCCUGAGUGGAAAUCAUUGUGAGUGUAUCAUUCAAAGUGUCUGUGUCCAACAAUAAAAUGUGCAACAAUUCA